AUGACUGUCGCCCACCUCGAAAAUGCUUCUACGGAUAAGAACAUGAAUGAGAUUCAGGUCAUCGAAGAUACGGGGGCCAGCAAGCCGCCCUCUGGUUUCGGCGGGCAUCUCAUCGAUGAGAAUCUGGUCAGGAUUGAAGGCGAAGAUAGAGUCACGCCGUAUCUGUGUUUCCUCAUCUCUGCCUCUGCAAUCGCAGGUUUUCUAUAUGGCUAUGAUACGGGUAUCGUCGGUGUCGCCCUGCCAUUAGUCGGAAACGACCUCACAGGCUCAACGUUGACGUCGGCGCAACAAGAGAUCAUCACCGCCGGCACGACUAUCGGCGCCAUUUUUGGGUCAGCCAUCUUGGGCGGAUGGGGUGACAGACUGGGGAGAAAGAUGGGUAUCUUGAUUUCGGAUGUAUUCUUUACGAUUGGCGCAGUCAUCAUCGCCUCGAGUUACUCUGUCGGCCAGAUGAUAGCUGGCCGUCUCAUCCUCGGUAUAGGAGUCGGCGGUGCGGCUGCUAUAGCGCCUCUCUUCAUUACCGAGACUGCUCCGACUGCUGUACGAGGUCGAUGUAUCGGUGUCAACGCAUUCUUCAUCCCUUUUGGGCAAGUUGUAGCCGAUGCUAUUGGUGCUGGUGUGCAGACUAUGCCGAACGGCUGGCGUCUCCUCUUCGCCCUCGGCGCCGCCCCCUCCCUCAUCCAACUCGUCCUCUUCCACUACCUCCCCGAAUCCCCGCGCAUCCUCAUCCUCCGCGACCAACUCCCCGCCGCCCGUUCUGUAUUCCGCCGGAUCUACCCCAACGCUUCUGAAGAGAUGAUCGACUACAAGUUUCGCGUGGCGCAAGAGUAUGUGGCAGCGUCGCGGAGUUUGCAGGAGGGCACGACGUUUGGGGAGAGGAUGAGGCUGUUGUGGAGGAAGGGGAGUUAUAGGAGGUCGAUCACUUGUGUGACGGUGGCGCAGGUGGCGGGGCAGUUGACGGGGUUUAAUACGUUGUUGUAUUAUGCUGGGACGUUGUUUUCGUUGUUGGGGCUGUCGAACCCUGCGCUUGGGGCGCUGAUACCGUCGGGGACGAACGCCUUCUUUGUCCUCUGCGGUAUGACGAUGGUAGACAAAGUGGGCAGGAGAGGUCUUUUCAUGAUCGGCGUUCCCAUUCUACUCUCCGGCCUCAUCUGGAACAUCGUAGCCUUCCACUACCUCUGCAUCCCCACCAACGGCCUCCUCGACACCUCCUACACCUACCCGACCAAAAACGUCGGUGUCGUCAUCGGCGGUAUCGUCUUCUUCACCUCCGGCUUCGGCCUCACAUAUUCGCACCUCGCUUGGUAUCAAGCAGAGUUCUUGGCGCUGGAGGUGAGGAGUGUGGGGAGCGGGAUAGCGACGACGGCGAAUUGGGUGGCGAAUUUGGUGGUUUCGGUUAGUUAUUUGAGUGAGCUGGAGACGUUGACGCCGGCGGGGACGUAUGGGCUUUAUUUGGGGCUCAGUACGCUGUUCUUCAUCUUUCUUGUCUUUUGUUAUCCCGAAACGAAACAAUUGUCGAUCGACGAAACGUCCCUCCUCUUUGAAAAUGACUAUGGCGUCAAGCGAUCGCGCCAGAUGCGUAGGGAGAGGCAGGAAGCGAGGAGGAAGAUUGCAGACGAUGAGAUGGCAGAGGUUGCAGAGGCGACUUUGGAGGCGAGGCAGGAUAAGCGGAGGGCGGUGAGUGCGGGAGAGUUGGGGAGGUUUAUGAGUGGGCUGAAGAAUGGAAAGAAGUAA